AUAGUGUGCCUUGUGGAAGAUGGAACCUAUUCUACCAACGUGGUUUCGUGCAAAGCUGACACGUAUUUUAAUUCAAACUUAAAAGCAUGCACCUCCACUCUGCCAGAUGGUUGUGUAGAAGCAGCCACGACAACCACCGUCUCAACCACCAUCCCCACAACGACCACCACCGCCAUAACCACCACGACGACAGCAAAGCCGUGGAGUGCUGAAGAAACGUGCCUCACAGUCUCCAAGAGCACUUCAUUUGCCAACGAAGAUGAUCCCACAUGCACCACUUUCCUCUUCUGUUAUGUUCAAAAUGGAGCUACUACAGCUCUAAUUAAAAAUUGUCCAACAGGCCAAUAUUUUAACAAAACAGGCUGCUCAGCAACGAAACCAGAUUCCUGUACAUAAUAUAGUUUUGAAUUUUUUACUUUUUAUAAAAUUAAAGCAA